AUGACAGUGGAUCAGUUCUAUGAUUUGGGGGUAGCUCUCGGUUUCCGAAUUCAACAGUUGGAUGUCAUAGAAUACAGGAGGUUCAGAGACAGACAGCAGGCUACCUAUGACAUGUUGGUAACAUGGCGACAGGCACAGGCCUCUGGUCGAGAAGCAAAGGAAACGUUCCUUUCACUCAUGAAAUCUUUAGACUCACCUACUGAAGAGAUGGAGAGGACAGACAUCGGUUCUGCUUGUGAAGUCUCGGACAAGACACUUCUCGCAUUCUCCAGGAAGAUCAAACCAGAGCAGUUUUCCGAGAUUGGCGGAAAGCUGGGACUCGAUAAGACAGAGCUUGAACACAUACAACACCGGACACUGUCUAACAGGAAAGACGCUAACAUCCAAAUGCUUUCCAAAUGGAAAGCAUCUCAAACAUCAGGGACUGAAGCAAUUCAGACUUUAAAACUUGUUUGGGAGUCUGUCCAAGCAGUACCAAAGGUGGAGAACGUAGAAGACGAAGGUAGUUCUCGUACACUAGAACGAACUCCUGUGGAAAAGACGAAACCAAAUGAACCUAGUUGUGAGCAGGAAGAUAUGGAGAUCAUUGUAACUUCAGAUUGUGAUGAUGUUCCUAGUGUAACUCCGGGAAAACAUACGGAGUCUCCUCUGGACCUUGACCGACAUGGUGGAGUACCAGACACCAAAGAGCUUUGCAGCUUAGCCCUUUCAGUGAAAAGUCUUUCAACUGCAUGUUCACUUGGGAAAGCCCUCCGUAUGAAUGAUAACCUCAUUGUUGGAUUAAUCGAUCUACCCAGUUCGUCAGUACUCCAUAAGGUCGUUGAAGAGCUCAUAGACAGUUGGCGGAAUGGGUUGAAAAAGGAAGAAAAAGAAGAUGAGAUCGCUAAGCUUCUCUCGGAGUACAACAUCCCAGAUAUCAAAACAGGCCGUGAAAAAAUCUCAAAAGUCAUUGGAUCCAAGACAGACCUAGUGGACUUGUGCCAUCGCAUGAACGUUAAAUCUUCUGAUGUUUUGCAGAUCAUGAGCAAAUUUGUGACCUUUCCGCCUCACAUGAUUGGCCGUUGUACUCUAAAGAUGCUUAACGAAUGGGUACACCAAGGUGGGACUAGGGAGAGGCUUCUGAGGGUUGCUCAGGCUUUCCAUUUUAACGAUGCAGCAGUCAAGAUAGCAGAAGCCAUGAAAUGCCAACCAAGUUAUAUGCCUUCCAUCUCGCAUGACAUCAUUGACCACAAGGGUGGAGAACUGACCAUUGAAGAACUUGGUAUUACCGUAUCUGUCCCUGAAGGAGCUAUACCUAAAGGGAUGAGAUCAGUUGUAACUCUUCGCGUCCCAACUCAUGACACCCCUAGGCUUCCUGUACGGGAGGGUGAGGUAGUCAUUACACCAGUUGUAGAAGGUUCUCUGACACAAGAACUGCUAAAGCCUGCCACGGUGGUAUUACCACACUGCACCAAUCUACAUGAACGUAGAGACGACUCUCCUGUUAUCUUGUACACGAGAACAAGACCAGGUACAAAGUAAUCGACAUAUUUUGAUUAUGUUCUCUUGAAAUAAUAAGU